GCGGAGAGGCCUGACCUGGAGGGGCUCAGGUCGGCGGUGCUGGCCUGGGGUUUCGGUAGAUACCGGGUCUCAGCUACUGGGCCCGGGAAGAUGGUUCUAGGUGGUUGCCCGGUGAGUUACUUACUCCUGUGCGGCCAGGCGGCAUUGCUGCUGGGGAAUCUGCUUCUGCUGCAUUGUGUCUCUCGGAGCCACUCGCACAACACCACGGCGGAGCCCGAGUUCACAACGGCAGGCGCCGCCCAGCUGGAGGGCUCCACCGGCGCCUUGAGCUGGGAAUAUGGCGACCCCCAAUCUCCAGUCAUCCUUUGCUCUUACCUACCCGAUGAAUUUAUAGAAUGUGAAGACCCAGUGGAUCAUGUUGGAAAUGCAACAGCAUCCCAGGAACUUGGUUAUGGUUGUCUCAAGUUCGGUGGCCAGGCCUACAGUGAUGUGGAGCACACUUCCGUUCAGUGCCGGGCCCUCGACGGAAUCGAGUGCGCCAGUCCUAGGACCUUCCUACGAGAGAACAAGCCUUGUAUAAAGUACACCGGGCACUACUUCAUAACCACCUUACUCUACUCUUUCUUCCUGGGAUGCUUUGGCGUGGACCGUUUCUGCCUGGGACACACCGGCACAGCAGUAGGGAAGCUCUUGACGCUUGGAGGACUGGGGAUUUGGUGGUUUGUUGACCUUAUUUUGCUUAUUACUGGAGGGCUGAUGCCAAGCGAUGGCAGUAACUGGUGCACUGUUUACUAGAAAGAGCUGCUUUGAUGGCCCAGAGGGCCAAGUCUUCUGAAUUCAUCUCUCCAGGCUCAAAAAGCCUUCCUUCACAUCAGACUUGGCCGUUACUUUCCCUCUUUGGAGGGAAUGGGUUUGUUAAGACGGCUUCUUCAGACCAUGGAUAUUGCACCCAAACUUACCUUGCAGACCAGAAAUGACAUGCAAACAGUAUAAUGAGUAUCAAGUAUGUACCUUUCCGCAUGCGUGAAAUAUAAAGGCUAGUGAUUGACUUAUCAGCUGCAGAGGGGUUUCCAUACUCUAUUUGUGUGCAUUGCUACAUCGUCAGUCCUUUGGACCAAGUGGCCCCAACAGGAUGAGCAAAGUGGAUGUUUGUAGCCUCAUGUCUUUUGUGACCCUGAGUCAUCAUGCAGCAGAGAUCUGAAGCGAAACCUGCGGAAAUCUGCAGCAGAAGUAGAAGUGGUGAUGGAUUUUUAAUACACACUGAAAUUCUGACUUUCUGAAUUUAAACUGCAGAAUAAAUGUUGCCAACCUGGCAUGCUUGUUUGGGUAUUUUCAGUAGGUAGAGUGAAACUCAAAAUGAUACUGGUUUUGCUUAAAGUUAGGUGUUUGAAAUGAACCUAUUAAAAAAAAAAAAACUAUUGUUUUACCAUUAUGGUGAUGCCUGAGAGGCAAUGUGUACAGUAUAAUAAUUUCUUCAUCCCAACUAUGUUUUGAAAGCCAACAGCAUCAGACUUGUCUGGGUUAAUGAGCUAUCCUCUUGGCAGCAUUUUCCUCUUGAAAAAGUAAGAUUUACCAGUUUAGAGAGCCUAUGUUAGUAGGCUGAUAAAAAAAAAAGAUUUCAGGGAGUUCCCUAGUAGCCAUGCUGUUAAGGAUCUGGCCUUGUCACUGCUGUGGCGCAGGUUUGAUCCCUGGGCCAGAAACAUCCACAUGCCAUGUGUGUAGCCAAGAAAAAAAGAUUUCAUACAAGUAACUAAAUCUGUUCUUCAGGGUUAGGUAAGAUUAGAUAAGGAGCCUCAUGCCCUUGGAAAGAAAAACACUCUUAAAGGAUAGUAUUAACUGAGUUCUGGGUAGAGUUAGGAUGUCUUAUUGGGGAGCAAAGAGAAACGGAACACACUGUCAAAAUAAGCAUGAUACCAAAACCCUCUCUCUGUGGGAACAGAAGUUAGUCCUAGGGAAAAAGCAGCCAAGAUUUUACAUUACCAAAUCACUAAGAAUAAAAAUGUGUUCUGGCUUAGUGGGUUAUGAGUCUGACUGCAGCAGCUCAGGUGACCGAAUAGGUCACAGCUGUGGCUCAGAUUCAGUCCCUGGCCCAGGAGUUUCCAUAAGCCACAGGUGCAGCUAUAAAAUAAAAUUUAAAAAAAAAGAAGGGGUCCCGUCAUGGCUCAGCAGCAACGAACCCAAUUAGUAUCCAUGAGGACGCAGGUUCGAUCCUUGGCCUCACUCAGUGGACUAAGAAUCCAGCGUUGCUGUGAGCUGUGGUGUAGGUUGAAGAUGUGGCUUGGAUCUGGCCUUGCUCUGGCUGUGGUGUAGGCCGGCGGCUGUAGCUCCAAAUCAACCCCUAGCCUGCGACCUUCCAUAUGCCAUGGGUGCGGCUCUAAAAAGAAAGAAAGAAAAUGUCUGCAUUAUAAGUGGUUUUAAAAACUUAGUUCACAUCGCUUGCAGUGUGAGUUGAAAAGAACUGUUAAAUAUAAAGGAAAAGGGGAAUUUUGUGAGUAAUCAAACUAGGAGCCUGCUAUUUGGGCAACUUAUAAAUUCUAGAAACAAUCAAGGUAGAACUGCUUAAAAUUCAGUCUCAUAAUAGUUGAUGUAAAACCAAGAAUCACAGUUAAAAUAGCUCUGUCAUUAUGAAGUUUCCUUGAAAGUUUCAGCUUUAUUGUCCUUGAUUCAUAUGAUCACUGUUCUUAUUAAGUGGUUCAUGUUAAAAAUGAACAGAAUAUUCUGUUCUGUCUUAAAUUCUGUACCAUGUUGACCUUAACCUUGUUUAUAACAGUAAUAAUUGAUAGAUCCUUAUUUAUAAUCUUUAUACUGUAAGGCCAUAUUUUUUAAAUUGUUACGGGUCAUGAAGAAACUGGAGCUUCUCCCCAGAAAAAUGCAUAUACACAAAAAAUUUUGCAUAGAACUUGAGAGAGUUCAAGGAUACCCUUUUUAAAAAGAAAAACUCACUUCUAAGAAAAAUCUGGAAAAUAGACUAAAAUUAAAAUCUUACCCAAAAUAAGAUACUACUUUAAACUACAAAUCCUGCUUCAUAUCACAGUUUAAAAAAAAAAAAAAAAAAGGAGUUCUUGUCAUGGCACAGCAGAAACGAAUCCCACUAGGAACCAUGAGUUUAAAUGGUUCGAUCCCUGGCCUCAAUCAGUGGGUUAAGGAUCCAGCGUUGCGGUGAGCUGUGGUGUAGACAGGCAGCUGCAGCUCCGAUGAUUACACCCCUAGCCUGGGAACCUCCACAUGCCGCAGGUACGGCCCUAAAAAGACAAAAAAAAAAAGCUUAAGGAUAUUCACAAACCCCAUCAAAAGCUAUUUUCUUUCAAGGAAGAAAAAAAAUCUGGCAGCUUUCAGACUCAAAAUCAUUCAUCAUUAAUGUUUGCAGGAAGAAAAGCUUCAGUAAAGAGCUUAAAAUAUGUGAGUUAUUGAAGUUUCUAUUUUAUAGAAGAGGUCUUCACAGGCAGAAAAACCGAUGGGGACCAAAAUUGUUUCCACUGCAAGAUGAUACCCUGAGAAUCAUUAUAUUCCUCUGUGCCAAUCAGCAUUCGUCAGUUUGCAUUUGACUUCUAGGUAAAGCCCAUCUUUUAUUCACAAGCCCUGGCCAAAUGUGAUAUAACCUGAAAACCUGAUUAAGUAAAGGAAUGUCAUUAAAAAUGUGAAUUUCUUUGCACUUGGAGUUCAGGGUAUUUCUUAAUAUUUAAUAGGUAGAUCUAAUUUUGUGUGUAUGUUUGUGUCACAUCCAGUUUGUGGCUAUAGAGAAGUUUUAAAAUGCUAACGUGUCCUUCUGUCAAGGUUAAAUUAGAAACUGCCUGUUUUCAGUUGUUUCCGGUCUUUAAAUAAAAUUUUAUCAGCUCCCCA